GUACAUCUGACACUGUCCCUUGGAAUCAGUGUGGUUUUUCCCUGUAUCGGUGUGCAAUAGCAAACAUCUUGAGCCUCCGACUACAUCUGCUGUCUGUCAGCUAUAACCUAAUCGAGUAACUAUGGGUGAUGCUGAGAUGGCAGUGUUUGGGGCCGCAGCCUCUUACCUGCGGAAGUCUGGAAAAGAGCGUCUUGAGGCACAAACUAAAAUCUUCGACUUAAAGAAAGAAUGUUUUGUGCCGGAUCCCUUGGAGGAGUUUGUUAAGGCCACCAUCACAAGUCGAGAGGGUGACAAAGUCACCGUAGAGACACAGGGAGGAAAGACCGUCACUGUCAAAGAGAGUGAGAUUAUGCAACAGAAUCCCCCCAAAUUUGACAAAAUUGAAGAUAUGGCAAUGCUGACAUUUCUUCAUGAGCCUGCUGUACUGUAUAACCUCAAAGAGCGUUAUGCAGCAUGGAUGAUCUAUACCUACUCAGGGCUGUUCUGUGUCACUGUCAAUCCCUACAAGUGGCUGCCGGUGUACAAUCAGGAGGUGGUUACAGCCUACAGAGGCAAGAAAAGGACUGAAGCUCCUCCACACAUCUAUUCCAUCUCUGAUAAUGCUUAUCAGUACUUGUUGUCAGACCGAGAAAACCAGUCUAUUCUUAUUACUGGAGAGUCUGGUGCUGGGAAGACUGUAAACACUAAAAGAGUCAUUCAGUACUUUGCCAGCAUUGCAGCAAGUGGAGGGAAGAAGGACACAACCUCUCAGAACAAGGGAACCCUGGAAGAUCAAAUUAUCCAGGCUAACCCUGCCUUGGAGGCUUUUGGCAAUGCUAAGACCAUCAGAAAUGACAACUCCUCAAGAUUUGGAAAAUUUAUUCGAAUUCACUUUGAUACAAGGGGGAAACUGGCAUCUGCUGACAUUGAAACAUAUCUCUUGGAGAAGUCUCGUGUGACCUUUCAGUUAAAGGCUGAGAGAGACUAUCACAUCUUCUAUCAAAUCUUAUCCAACAAAAAACCUGAGAUCCUUGAGAUGAUGCUAGUGACAGCAAACCCCUAUGACUACGCAUUCAUCUCUCAGGGAGAGACCACAGUUGCUUCCGUUGAUGAUGCUGAGGAGUUAAUGGCAACUGAUAGUGCCUUUGAUAUACUGGGGUUCACACAAGAUGAAAAGAACUCUGUGUACAAGUUGACUGGAGCCAUUAUGCAUUUUGGCAACAUGAAGUUCAAGCAGAAGCAGCGUGAGGAACAAGCAGAAGCUGAUGGAACUGAAGAUGCAGACAAAGCAGCAUAUCUCAUGGGUCUGAACUCUGCUGACCUCAUUAAAGGUCUGUGCCAUCCAAGGGUCAAAGUAGGAAAUGAGUGGGUGACCAAAGGACAGAAUGUUCAGCAGGUCAACUAUGCUGUUGGUGCCUUAUCGAAAUCAGUGUAUGAGAAAAUGUUCCUUUGGAUGGUGGUGAGAAUCAACCAGUCUCUGGAGACAAAGCAGCCCCGUCAAUACUUCAUUGGGGUGUUGGAUAUUGCCGGCUUUGAGAUCUUUGAUUUAAACACCUUUGAGCAACUCUGCAUCAACUUUACCAACGAAAAACUGCAACAGUUUUUCAACCACCACAUGUUUGUGCUUGAACAAGAGGAGUAUAAGAAAGAAGGAAUUGAAUGGGUGUUCAUUGACUUUGGCAUGGACUUGCAGGCCUGCAUUGAUCUCAUUGAGAAACCCAUGGGUAUCAUGUCCAUCCUUGAAGAGGAGUGCAUGUUUCCCAAAGCCAGUGAUGCAACCUUUAAAGCAAAGCUUUAUGACAACCACCUUGGGAAGUCAAACAAUUUUCAGAAACCCAGGAUUGUGAAGGGCAAGCCAGAGGCUCACUUUGCCCUGGUUCACUAUGCUGGCACAGUUGACUACAAUAUUAACAACUGGCUAGUAAAGAAUAAAGACCCUCUGAAUGAAACCGUGGUUGGAUUGUACCAGAAGUCCUCGCUGAAGUUGAUGGCUCAUCUGUUUGCCAACUAUGCAAAUACAGAGUCAGCCAUGGCUGACACUUCCAGUGGGAAAAAAGAAAAGAAGAAGAAAGGAUCAUCGUUCCAGACAGUGUCUGCACUUCACAGGGAGAAUCUCAAUAAACUUAUGACAAACCUGAGAUCAACACAUCCACACUUUGUACGGUGCAUCAUUCCCAAUGAGACAAAGACUCCUGGGGCAAUGGAGAACCCUCUAGUCAUGCACCAGCUACGCUGUAACGGUGUACUGGAAGGUAUCAGGAUUUGCAGAAAGGGUUUCCCCAAUAGAAUCCUGUAUGGUGAUUUCAAACAGAGAUAUCGCAUCUUAAACCCUGCAGCUAUCCCAGAUGGACAGUUCAUAGACAGCAAGAAAGGAGCAGAGAAACUGCUGAGUUCUCUUGACAUCGAUCACCAGCAGUACAGGUUUGGGCAUACCAAAGUAUUUUUUAAGGCUGGUCUUCUAGGUCAGCUGGAAGAGAUGAGAGAUGAGCGUCUAUCAAAAAUAAUCACUGGAAUUCAAGCUAGAUCCCGUGGUCUUCUUGCAAGAAUUGAGUACCAGAAGAUGGUAGAAUGCAGGGAUGCCUUGCUUGUGAUUCAGUGGAAUGUGCGUGCAUUCAUGGGUGUCAAGAAUUGGCCCUGGAUGAAACUCUUCUUUAAAAUCAAACCAUUACUGAGAUCUGCUGAAGCAGAGAAGGAAAUGGCCAAUAUGAAAGAGGAGUUCUUAAAACUCAAGGAAGCUUUUGCAAAAUCCGAGGCUCGUAAAAAAGAACUUGAGGAGAAAAUGGUGACUCUUCUUCAAGAAAAGAAUGACCUCCAACUUCAAGUGCAAGCGGAACAAGAUAAUAUGUGUGAUGCUGAAGAGAGAUGUGAAGGUCUGAUCAAAAAUAAGAUUCACAUGGAGGCUAAAAUCAAAGAGUUCACUGAGCGACUUGAGGAUGAGGAGGAGAUGAAUGCAGAACUGACAGCUAAGAAGAGAAAGCUGGAGGAUGAGUGUUCUGAGCUGAAGAAGGAUAUUGAUGAUCUGGAGCUGACUCUGGCUAAAGUGGAGAAAGAGAAGCAUGCUACUGAAAACAAGGUGAAGAACCUGACAGAGGAAAUGGCAGCCUUGGAUGAUAUUAUUGCCAAGCUGACAAGAGAGAAAAAGGCCCUGCAAGAAGCUCAUCAGCAGACACUGGAUGAUCUGCAGAGUGAGGAGGACAAAGUCAACACCCUCACCAAGGCGAAAGCAAAGCUAGAGCAGCAAGUGGAUGAUCUGGAGGGAUCUCUAGAUCAAGAAAAGAAGAUCCGUAUGGACCUAGAAAGAGCUAAGAGAAAACUUGAGGGAGAUUUAAAGUUAACCCAAGAAAGCGUAAUGGACUUAGAGAAUGACAAGCAACAACUAGAAGAACGACUUAAGAAAAAAGACUUUGAGAUCAAUCAGCUCAACAGUAAAAUUGAAGAUGAACAGAACAUGAUUAUACAACUACAAAAGAAACUAAAGGAGCUACAGGCUCGUGUUGAAGAGCUGGAGGAAGAGCUUGAGGCAGAAAGAGCUGCCAGAGCAAAGGUGGAGAAACAGAGAGCAGAUUUAGCCAGAGAGCUGGAGGAUAUCAGUGAGAAAUUGGAGGAGGCUGGAGGAGCUACAGCUGCUCAGAUUGAGAUGAACAAGAAACGGGAGGCCGAGUUUCAGAAACUUCGCAGAGACCUUGAAGAGGCCACUCUGCAGCAUGAAGCCACUGCCGCCACACUGAGGAAGAAACAAGCUGACAGUGUGGCUGAACUGGGAGAGCAAAUAGACAAUCUGCAGAGAGUCAAGCAAAAACUGGAAAAAGAGAAGAGUGAAUUUAGGCUGGAGCUGGAUGAUGUGGUCUCCAGCAUGGAGCAUUUUGUCAAGUCCAAGACUAAUAUGGAGAAAGUUAACAGGACUCUGGAAGAUCAACUGAAUGAAUACCGCAACAAGUAUGAGGAAAACCAAAGGGCCCUCAAUGACUUUACAACCCAGAAAACAAAGCUUCAGGCAGAAAAUGAUGAGUUUUCAAGACAAUUAGAAGAAAAGGAAUCAUUAAUCUCUCAGCUGACAAGGGGUAAGAGCUUCUUCAGUCAACAACUCGAGGACCUCAAAAGGCAGCUAGAUGAAGAAAUGAAGUCAAAGAAUGCCCUUGCCCAUGCACUGCAGUCUGCCCGUCAUGACACUGAUCUGCUCAGGGAGCAGUAUGAGGAGGAGCAGGAGGCAAAAGCAGAGCUCCAGCGAAGCAUGUCCAAAGCCAAUUCUGAGGUGGCUCAGUGGAGAACCAAGUAUGAAACUGAUGCCAUCCAGAGAACUGAAGAACUGGAAGAAGCCAAGAAGAAACUGACUCAACGUUUGCAGGAGGCUGAAGAGGCCGUUGAAGCAGUAAAUGCAAAAUGUUCUUCUCUUGAAAAGACCAAACACAGACUUCAGAAUGAAAUUGAAGAUUUGAUGGUGGAUGUGGAGAGAUCCAACACAGCUGCUGCAGCUUUAGACAAGAAGCAAAGAAACUUUGAUAAGGUUUUGUCUGAGUGGAAGCAAAAGUAUGAGGAGUCUCAGUGUGAACUGGAGAGCUCUCAGAAGGAGGCCAGAUCUCUUAGCACAGAACUUUUCAAGCUCAAGAACUCUUAUGAGGAAUCGUUGGAUCAUCUUGAGACCCUCAAUAGAGAGAACAAGAUUCUGCAAGAGGAGAUCUCUGAUCUGACUGAACAGCUUGGAGAGGGUGGAAAGACAAUCCAUGAGUUGGAGAAGGUCCGUAAGCAGCUGGAACAAGAAAAAGCUGAGAUACAAGCUGCGUUGGAGGAAGCAGAGGGAUCUUUGGAGCAUGAAGAGGGUAAAAUCUUGAGGGCCCAGCUAGAAUUUAAUCAAAUAAAGGCUGACAUUGAGCGCAAGCUGACUGAGAAAGAUGAAGAAAUGGAGCAGUCAAAGAGGAACAUGCAAAGGAACAUAGAUACCUUGCAUAGUGCUUUGGAGUCCGAAACUCGAAGCAGGAAUGAGGCUUUCAGGAUAAAGAAGAAAAUGGAAGGAGAUCUGAAUGAAAUGGAGAUCCAGCUGAGCCAGGCUAACAGACAGGCAGCCGAAGCUCAGAAACAACUUAAGUCUGUCCAGGCCCAUCUGAAGGACUCCCAACUUCAGCUGGACGACUCUCUUCGAGGCAAUGAUGAUCUGAAGGAGAACAUUGCCAUUGUAGAGAGACGUAAUGCCUUACUUCAGGCAGAACUGGAGGAGCUUAGAGCUGUUCUGGAACAAACAGAGCGAGGCCGCAAACUUGCUGAGCAAGAGCUGCUGGAUGUCACCGAAAGAGUACAGCUUCUGCAUUCUCAGAACACUAGCCUCUUGAACCAGAAGAAGAAGCUGGAGGCCGAUGCAUCCCAGCUUCAGAGUGAAGUGGAAGAGGCAGUGCAAGAAUGCAGAAAUGCAGAGGAAAAGGCCAAAAAGGCAAUCACUGAUGCUGCCAUGAUGGCAGAGGAGUUGAAGAAGGAGCAAGAUACCAGUGCUCACCUGGAGCGUAUGAAGAAGAACAUGGAGCAGACCAUUAAGGACCUGCAACACCGCCUGGAUGAAGCAGAACAAAUUGCAAUGAAGGGAGGCAAAAAACAAGUUCAAAAGCUUGAGACUAGGGUAAGAGAGCUGGAAUGCGAAGUUGAGGCUGAACAGAAGAGAAGCAGUGAAUCUGUGAAAGGAAUCCUCAAAUAUGAACGACGCAUCAAGGAACUUACAUAUCAGACUGAAGAGGACCGUAAAAACAUUGCCCGUCUUCAGGAUUUGGUCGACAAGCUGCAAUUAAAAGUCAAAGCUUACAAAAGAGCUGCAGAGGAGGCUGAAGAACAGGCAAACACUCAUCUUAGCAAAUUCCGCAAACUGCAACAUGAACUAGAUGAGGCAGAGGAAAGGGCUGAUAUUGCCGAAACUCAAGUGAACAAACUACGUUCCAAAAGUCGUGAUUUGGGGCCAAAGAAAGGGUUCGAUGAAGACCGCCUCACCUGGUGCACAUCAGACAAAGUAAUCAUGGCGGACGCUCAUAUGGCAGAGUUUGGAGCAGCAGCUCCUUACUUGCGCAAGUCAGAACGAGAGCGUCUGGAAGCACAAACUCGUCCCUUUGAUAUGAAAAAGGAGUGUUUUGUGCCUGAUCCAGAUGAAGAGUACAUAAAAGCUUCAGUCAUCAGCCGUGAAGGUGACAAAGUCACUGUCCAGACUGAGAAAGGGAAGAGUGUCACCGUGAAGGAAGCUGACAUCCAUCCCCAGAACCCGCCAAAGUUUGAUAAAAUUGAAGACAUGGCAAUGUUCACCUUCCUUCAUGAGCCAGCUGUGCUGUUUAACCUCAAAGAGCGUUAUGCAGCAUGGAUGAUCUACACCUACUCAGGGCUGUUCUGUGUCACUGUCAAUCCCUACAAGUGGCUGCCAGUGUACAAUAAAGAGGUGGUUAUAGCCUACAGAGGCAAGAAGAGGAGUGAAGCUCCUCCACACAUCUUUUCCAUCUCUGAUAAUGCCUACCAGUACAUGCUAACAGACAGGGAAAAUCAGUCAAUUCUGAUCACUGGAGAAUCUGGUGCAGGAAAGACUGUAAACACCAAGAGAGUUAUCCAGUAUUUUGCAAGCAUUGCAGCUGGGGCUUCAGCAAAGAAAGAUGGGUCAGAGAAAAAGGGAACCUUGGAGGAUCAAAUUAUCCAGGCUAACCCUGCUUUGGAGGCUUUUGGCAAUGCGAAGACCAUCAGAAAUGACAACUCCUCAAGAUUUGGAAAAUUCAUCAGAAUUCAUUUUGCUGCCAGUGGAAAGCUGGCCUCUGCUGACAUUGAGACUUAUCUUCUGGAGAAGUCAAGGGUGACUUUUCAGCUUAAAGCUGAAAGAGACUACCACAUUUUCUACCAAAUCCUGUCUCAGCGGAAACCUGAGUUGCUUGGUAAGAUGCCACAGAUAAAAGGCCUUUUUUUCAGUUUUAGCACUGAACUUCAAACUGACACUUCCCCAUCUCUUGUAACAGACAUGCUGCUCAUCACCAACAACCCCUAUGACUAUGCUUACAUCUCCCAAGGAGAAACAACUGUAGCCUCAAUUAAUGAUGGUGAAGAACUAGUUGCCACUGAUGAAGCAUUUGAUGUACUAGGCUUCACACAAGAGGAAAAAAAUGGCAUCUAUAAACUGACUGGAGCCAUUAUGCACUAUGGCAAUAUGAAGUUCAAGCAAAAGCAAAGGGAGGAGCAAGCAGAAGCUGAUGGAACUGAAGAUGCAGACAAAGCUGCAUAUCUUAUGGGUCUGAACUCUGCAGACCUAAUCAAAGGUCUGUGCCAUCCAAGAGUCAAAGUAGGAAAUGAGUGGGUCACCAAAGGGCAAAAUGUUCAGCAGGUGUACUAUGCUAUUGGUGCAGUAUCCAAGGCAGUGUAUGAAAAGAUGUUCCUUUGGAUGGUUGUAAGAAUCAAUCAGUCUCUGGACACCAAGCAGCCUCGCCAAUACUUCAUAGGAGUACUGGACAUUGCCGGCUUUGAGAUCUUUGAUUUCAACACGUUUGAGCAACUCUGCAUCAACUUCACCAAUGAGAAACUGCAACAGUUUUUCAACCACCACAUGUUUGUGCUGGAACAAGAGGAGUAUAAGAAAGAAGGAAUUGAAUGGGAGUUCAUUGACUUUGGCAUGGACUUGCAGGCCUGCAUUGAUCUAAUUGAAAAACCCAUGGGUAUCAUGUCCAUCCUUGAAGAGGAGUGCAUGUUUCCCAAAGCCAGUGAUGCAACCUUUAAAGCAAAGCUUUAUGACAACCACUUGGGAAAGUCAAACAACUUCCAGAAACCAAGAGUUAUCAAAGGAAAGCCAGAGGCCCAUUUUUCUUUGAUUCACUAUGCUGGUACAGUUGACUAUAAUAUCAACAACUGGCUGGUGAAGAACAAAGACCCACUGAAUGAGACUGUCGUUGGCCUUUAUCAAAAGUCUACACUUAAACUCUUAUCAAUGCUCUUUGCUAAUUAUGCUGGGUCAGAGUCUGAGUCAGGAGCUAAGGGAGGUAAAGGAGGCGGAAGUAAAAAGAAAGGUUCCUCCUUCCAAACCGUGUCUGCGCUUCACAGGGAAAACUUAAAUAAGUUAAUGACAAACCUAAGGUCAACUCACCCUCACUUUGUGCGCUGCAUCAUUCCCAAUGAGACAAAGACUCCUGGGGCGAUGGAUAAUCCUUUAGUCAUGCACCAGCUACGCUGUAACGGUGUACUGGAGGGCAUCAGGAUUUGCAGGAAGGGUUUCCCCAAUAGAAUCCUGUAUGGGGACUUCAAACAGAGGUACCGAAUCCUAAACCCUGCAGCCAUACCUGAAGGUCAAUUCAUAGACAGCAGGAAAGGAGCUGAGAAACUGUUGGGAUCACUGGAUAUUGAUCACAGUCAAUAUAAGUUUGGACAUACAAAGGUAUUCUUCAAGGCUGGUUUACUGGGUCAGUUGGAAGAAAUGAGAGAUGACCGACUUUCCCUAAUUAUUUCUGGAAUUCAAGCUAGAUCCAGAGGACUCCUUGCAAGGGUUGAGUUUCAGAAAAUAGUUGAAAGAAGGGAUGCCCUAUUGGUUAUCCAGUGGAAUGUCCGUGCCUUCAUGGGGGUUAAGAAUUGGCCUUGGAUGAAGCUCUUCUUUAAGAUCAAGCCUCUACUCAAGUCAGCAGAAGCAGAAAAAGAGAUGGCAAAUAUGAAAGAUGAAUUUGCCAAGCUCAAAGAGGCCUAUGCGAAAUCUGAGGCACGAAGGAAAGAACUAGAAGAAAAAAUGGUGUCUCUUCUCCAAGAGAAGAAUGACCUACAACUUCAAGUCCAAGCGGAGCAAGAUAAUCUCUGUGACGCAGAGGAGCGAUGCGACCAACUCAUCAAAAACAAGAUUCAGCUUGAGGCAAAAGCCAAGGAGCUCACUGAGCGACUUGAGGAUGAGGAGGAGAUUAAUGCUGAGUUGACAGCUAAGAAGAGAAAGCUGGAGGAUGAGUGCUCUGAGCUGAAGAAAGAUAUUGAUGAUCUGGAGCUGACUCUGGCUAAAGUGGAGAAAGAGAAGCAUGCUACUGAGAACAAGGUAAAGAACCUGACAGAGGAAAUGGCUGCUUUAGAUGAAAUCAUUGCAAAGCUAACCAAGGAAAAGAAGGCCUUGCAGGAAGCUCAUCAGCAGACACUGGACGACCUGCAAAGUGAGGAGGACAAAGUCAACACCCUAACCAAGGCAAAAGCAAAGCUAGAGCAGCAAGUGGAUGAUUUGGAAGGAUCUCUCGAGCAAGAAAAGAAAGUCCGUAUGGAUCUAGAGAGAGCCAAGAGGAAACUAGAAGGAGACUUGAAGCUGACCCUGGAAAGCUUAAUGGACCUGGAGAAUGACAAGCAGCAGUUAGAAGAGCGUCUCAAAAAGAAAGACUUUGAGAUCAGUCAGCUCAAUGGAAAAAUUGAGGAUGAACAAGUUAUUGGUAUUCAGCUACAGAAAAAACUGAAGGAACUUCAGGCACGUAUUGAGGAGCUGGAGGAAGAGCUUGAGGCAGAAAAAGCUGCCAGAGCAAAGGUGGAGAAACAGAGAGCAGAUUUAGCCAGAGAGCUGGAGGAGAUCAGUGAGAGACUGGAGGAGGCUGGAGGAGCUACAGCUGUUCAAAUUGAGAUGAACAAGAAACGGGAGGCUGAGUUUCAGAAACUUCGCAGAGACCUUGAAGAGGCCACACUGCAGCAUGAAGCCACUGCCGCCACACUGAGGAAGAAACAAGCUGACAGUGUGGCUGAACUGGGAGAGCAAAUAGACAAUCUGCAGAGAGUCAAGCAAAAACUGGAAAAAGAGAAGAGUGAACUCAGACUGGAGCUGGAUGAUGUGGUCUCCAACAUGGAACAUGUUGUUAAGAUAAAGGCAAAUCUUGAGAAGACCUGCAGGUCUUUGGAUGAUCAAAUGAAUGAAUACAGAACAAAAUUUGAGGAGGGCCAGCGCAGUAUCAAUGACUUCACAAUGCAAAAAUCUAAACUACAAUCUGAAAAUGGUGAACUUGCAAGGCAGCUGGAGGAGAAGGACUCUCUUGUCUCUCAGCUAACUAGAAGCAAAAUGUCUUACACUCAGCAGAUUGAAGACCUUAAAAGGCAAUUGGAGGAAGAAACUAAGGCAAAGAAUGCCCUCGCUCAUGCAGUACAGUCUGUCCGUCAUGACACUGAUCUGCUCCGAGAGCAGUAUGAGGAGGAGCAGGAGGCCAAAGCAGAGCUCCAGCGAAGCAUGUCCAAAGCCAAUUCUGAGGUGGCUCAGUGGAGAACCAAGUAUGAAACUGAUGCCAUCCAGAGAACUGAAGAACUGGAGGAAGCCAAGAAGAAACUGGCUCAACGUUUGCAGGAGGCUGAAGAAGCUGUUGAAGCAGUAAAUGCAAAAUGUUCCUCUCUUGAAAAGACUAAACACAGACUCCAGAAUGAGAUCGAAGAUCUUAUGGUGGACCUGGAGAGGUCUAAUGCAGCUGCAGCAGCCUUGGACAAGAAACAAAGAAACUUUGAUAAGGUCCUGGCUGAGUGGAAGCAGAAAUAUGAAGAGUCACAGACUGAGCUAGAGAGCUCUCAGAAGGAAGCCAGAUGUCUGAGUACUGAACUUUUCAAGCUGAAGAACUCCUACGAAGAAUCUUUGGAUCACCUGGAGACCAUGAAAAGAGAAAAUAAGAAUCUCCAAGAGGAAAUUUCUGAUCUUACUGAGCAACUUGGUGAGGGAGGAAAGAGCAUUCAUGAACUGGAGAAAAUGAGAAAACAGCUGGAGCAGGAAAAAAGUGAAAUUCAGUCUGCUCUGGAAGAGGCCGAGGCCUCAUUGGAGCACGAGGAGGGUAAGAUUCUGCGAGCUCAGCUAGAGUUCAACCAGAUAAAGGCUGAUAUUGAACGCAAAUUAGUUGAGAAGGAUGAGGAGAUGGAGCAGAGCAAACGCAAUUUGCAGAGGACCAUCGAUACUCUACAAAGCUCUUUGGAGUCAGAAACUCGAAGCAGGAAUGAGGCCCUCCGAAUAAAAAAGAAGAUGGAAGGUGAUCUGAAUGAGAUGGAGAUCCAGCUUAGUCAAGCAAACCGACAAGCAGCAGAGGCACAAAAACAACUCAAAAGUGUCCAAGCACAUUUGAAAGAUGCUCAACUGCAGCUGGAUGACUCUCUGAGAUUAAAUGAUGACCUGAAGGAGAACAUUACAAUUUUAGAGAGACGCAACCACCUUCUACAGGCUGAAUUAGAGGAGCUGAGAGUGGCUCUUGAGCAAACUGAGAGAGGCCGUAAACUUGCUGAACAAGAGCUGCUGGAUACAAGUGAAAGAGUGCAGCUACUGCACUCCCAGAAUACAAGCCUCUUGAAUCAGAAGAAGAAGCUGGAGGCUGACACUUCCCAGCUUCAGAAUGAGGUGGAAGAGGCAGUGCAAGAAUGCAGGAAUGCUGAAGAAAAAGCCAAGAAGGCAAUCACUGAUGCUGCCAUGAUGGCAGAGGAGUUGAAGAAGGAGCAAGAUACCAGUGCUCACCUAGAGCGUAUGAAGAAGAACAUGGAGCAGACCAUUAAGGACCUGCAACACCGCCUGGAUGAAGCAGAACAAAUUGCUAUGAAAGGAGGCAAGAAACAAGUCCAGAAACUAGAAGCUAGGGUGAGAGAGUUGGAAAAUGAAGUGGAAUCAGAACAGAAGAAGAGCAGUGAGGCGGUGAAAGGAAUUCGCAAAUAUGAAAGACGUAUUAAAGAACUCACCUACCAGGUAAAACAUAAUCUUAUUAUUACUGAAUGCACCUAAAUACACAAAAUUCUCAAAAAAAUAAUAAAAUAAUAAUUUCUUUGUUAUCAUUUGUCUGAAAAGACGGAGGAGGACCGCAAGAAUCUUGCUCGUCUGCAAGAUCUAGUUGAUAAGCUUCAGAUGAAGGUCAAGGCUUACAAGAGGGCUGCAGAGGAAGCCGAGGAACAAGCCAACACCAAUCUUAGCAAGUUCCGUAAACUUCAGCACGAGCUUGAUGAAGUAGAAGAGAGAGCCGACAUUGCAGAGUCGCAAGUCAAUAAAUUGCGUGCCAAAAGUCGUGAAGUUGGUUCUAAGAAGGGACAUGAUGAAGAGUAAAGCUCAAAUGGACCUUCUGAUUUUCCCCUACCAUAUAUGUUUUGAAUUAGUUACCCACACAGUCCAUCUAGAUCUUCUUUAGUCACACAGUAUAAUAAAGUUGAAUUGCAUUACA